UUUUGGUAAACUUUGCAUUCUUAUUGCAGUGUUACAUAACACAGAAUUUAUAAUAUUCACAGAUCUAGAAGUUGACGUUCACCAUCGUGAGAGUUCUGGUAGUUCUGGUGCUGCGUCUGUCAAGCAAAGUGUGUCAGAACCUGCACAGCAGGAGAAAGAAGGAAAAGAUGGGCUUGCUUCAAGUCUUGUUGCAGAAGUUUUGCAACAAGUUGCAGCAUCAGAAGGCAGGUCAUGGACUGCAGAUAUUGGCAAAAAUAAUAUGCAAGAGAUGACCACUCUCAUAUCUGCUCUCUCAAAUAAUAAUGCUUCACAAGAUCAAAUAGGACAUUCAGAAGAUACAGCUGUGUCUGCAAGUUCUGUGUACAUACUUUCUGAUUCUCAUCAUGCAAAUUAUCUUCCUAGUGCUUUGAGUCUUUCAUCAAGUUCGAGUUCUGAAGCUUUACUCAAGGGUACAGGCUCAGUAGAGUUGGGUUUCAUGUCGCAAGAUCCUAGCAUACGGGCUGCUGAGCUUGCUAGGAGUAGAAAUCGAAGCCAGGCUCGUGCUGAGCGGGAUAAACGAUUUGUAAGAAGAGCUCAUAGUGAGCUAGAAACUUGCCCCGAAAAGCCAUCUCCUAGUGUUCCACCAUCGCAUCCAGUAAGUUUAGAGAUGAUUGGCAGAAGCAGUAGUAGUGGUAGUGGAAUUGGUGCUAGGCCUGGUGUGCCAUUACGCAGUGUUGAAUUUCUGCGUCCUAGUUUUAGUGAGGCUAUAAAACCUAUAGUUGAACUCAGUGAUGAGCAUCAGGCAUGCUGCAUGGAAAAUAAUCGAACUGGUAAUUCUUCCAUAUCUACUAUACCUACAUUUGAACCUAACUCAUCUCAGGAUGAUGAAAAUACUUCUUCCUCAAACUAUUCACUAGUGAGACAUCGUUCAUUAGAAACUGCUGGUUCUUCAAAGCAUAUGCGGACAUUUUCUGCCCGAAGUAGCCGUUCGUUAGGCAUAUCUGAAGAGCUGUACUCAGAAAGGCAGCUUAAUUCUAAAAAGUCUGAUGGUAAUGUAAAUACAAGUAAUUCUAAAUCUUGUGUGGGUGAGAAACAGUAUUCAUUACUGCCCCCUGAGUUAGAAACUUUUAAGCAUGGAAAAGACAAAGCAUCUGUAAAUUUUAUGAUUCAUCCAGUGCAGGAGGACAAACUAGUGUCAAAAGAUAAUUGUGGUGUUAAAUCUGGGCACUGUGGAAGUGAAGCAUCAUCUGUAUCUAGUGAGACACUUUCAAUAUCAUUACCAGACAGUAAUGAUAGUCAUUACACCCUUGUGUACAAACCAUAUCCUUGUGAAAGUUAUGAGCGAACUCAACUUUCUUUCUUGCCUUGGAGUGAAGCAAACAGUUGUCCAUCUCCAGCUCCUUCUGAAGGAAGCAGCAUUGCAGGAUUUGAUUGGCUUUUCAACUCUUCAGCAAAUCUUGCAUUAUCUCCACAUUGUGCUAGUAAAGAUGAUGAUAAUCCAGUAACCUUAAGUCCUGAUAGUCAGCGCUCAAAAAGUAAUUUUGAUGGUCAGUCUGAUAGUACAGUUUCUUCUCCAGAUGAAACUACACCUUUGGAAUCAACUUCUGCUCGCAGAUCCCAAGGUGCAAUUCCUAAGUAUCGUAGAAACGACAGCUCUGGAAAAGAAAGAAAUCAUAAGCAGCCAUGUCAAGGACCAAUGUCACCAACUGAAAGAGGACUGUUAAGUCAGCGUUUAUUAGAGAUAUUAAGUAAAAAUGAUCCUGUUGAGUGUGAACUUGAAUUGCUAAAACUCAAACGAGAAUUAGACAUGAAAAGAAAAAUGCCUUCAGAAGGAAAUGCACAAGCUAGUGAAAAUAGUCCAACCAAAGAAAUUCCUGUCCCCAAAAGACCAAAACUUCUUGCUAGGAGAAGGAGAACACCAGAUGGGGCUCCUGAGAUGUUAUCUUUACUUCCAGGAGCUACUGAUGAUGAUGGAGAGGAUAGCAGCAGUACAAGUUGGAUGUCUCCAAAGAAACAGUCAACUCAAGGCCCUCCAGCUUACUUACUUGCAAACUUGCUGUCUACACCUGGUACCCACCUAGCCAGUUCUCAUAAUGACACAUCUCCUGGAGCAAUUCAUUGCUUUCAAGAUGAGCAUGGUAACUGGUUAACGUAUACAUUUGAUGAAAACAGUACAGGCAUAGCCAGAGGUCUGGGAACUGCUACUGAUGUGAGACUUUUAGAAUUCAUGAUGGAUUCCAAGUGGGAAACUUUGUCUCAUUCAUCUUCAAGCUCCCGUUCUACAGUUAUUUUGGACAGUCCAGCAGCAAUACUUCAUGCUAACAAAGUGCCAAGCCCAAUUUUUUCAGGUUUAGAUUUCCAUCGAAAUUCUGAUGCCAUGACUUCUGUCCCCUCUUUAGCAUCAGCAGCUCCUAUGUGUAACUUGAGGAAGGAAAGAAUUGAAAAUAGUGGAGUACCAUACGCAAGAAGUAGAAGCCAACAUGUGGCAACAAAUAUAGCUACAUCAGUUCGAGCCUCAACGGCUGGAAUACCCACCACUUUAUCUAAUUUAUCUCAAGCAGCAAGUUCUCAAGCUGGAACUGAUACUGAUAUUGCUUGUGCAAGAAUUCAUUUUUCAGACAUAUCACGAAUGCGACCUCCUAAAUCUAAGCACUAUUAUAGAUACUGGGUACUCCCAUUUAAAUAUAUCAAGAUCAGAUUUGACAGACUUGCACUGUUGGCCCUGCUGGACAGGAACCUUACAGUGACAGAAAAUGUUAUAUCUGUUGUCCUGGCAGUGCUGGUUGCUGCCUUUGGUGCUCUAAGUUUGUCACGAAAUUUAUUUGAAGAUAUGUGGAGUUUUAUAUUUUGUUUCAUAAUUGCAAGCUGUCAGUAUACAUUGCUCAAGAGUGUUCAGCCUGAUGCAGCCUCUCCUACACAUGGUUACAACAGAGUCAUUUUGUAUAGCCGUCCUGUAUACUUUUGUCUCUGUUGCUUGCUGUUAAAUGCUUUUCAAACAAGCAUUGAUUAUAGGCUGACAUUACCUUCAGUAACCUUGUAUGGGAUUGCUUUAUUGUCUAGUGAUCUCAUUAUCAAAGCCAAAGAUAUAGCUGUUAUUUUUGUGCUGUUCUUUCCUGUGAUCUUCAGUUUGGGUUUACUACCACAAGUUAAUACAUUCCUUAUGUAUCUGAUUGAACAGAUUGACAUUCAUAUAUUUGGUGGAACAGCUAGUACAAGUCUCAUAUCAGCCUUUUAUUGCUUAGUUAGGAGUAUUGCAACUGUUGCAGUGUUGUAUGGAUUAGCAUAUUUUGCUCUAAGGGAGCCUAAUAAUCCAUCUCAGAAUAUCAUGUUUUCCAUCUAUUGUGGUUUUUUGGUAUCGUUGUGUUAUCAUCUCAGUCGCAAUGCCAGUGAUCCUACAGUGCUAUGGUCUCUUAUAAAACGACAUCUUUGGUCUGAGGAUGCUCCCAAAAAAGGUAAAGAGGAUGAUGGUACUGAGUUAGUUGACCCAUUACCAUUGAAGCUUCAGAACACUGUGCUAACAAGACUUCUUUCUGAUGCCAUUCUUUGUGUUUUUAUUGCUGUUUUUGUGUUUGCGAUACAUGUCAGCACUGUUUUUACUGUAUUACAGCCCUAUCUUCAAAUGGUGAUUCAUGUAGCUGUAACAAUCUGGGGUUUUUUAUUACAUUAUAUUAUACCUCAAAUGAAAAAGCAGUUACCAUGGCUGUGCUGUGCUCAUCCAAUUCUGAAAGCUCACGAAUUCGAUCAGUUUGAAGUGCUAGAAGCUGCUAAGAUCAUGUGGUUUGAAAAAGUACAAGUUUGGUUGUGGUUUGUGGAGAAAAAUGCUCUUUAUCCUUUGCUUUUUCUCAGUGCCUUGACAACAGAUUCUCCAUCUAUAAUUAAGAAUUUUGGACUUUACGCUGGCUCUUUGAUUGUGGUAGUGUGCAGUUUCAAGUGCCUGCGCAGUGCCUUUUGUGAUUCUUCUCACCAUUAUCUUGUGCUCAUUUUUAUGACACUCUUUUUCAACUUUGAUUUUAAUGGAUAUAAGGAACCAUUUUUAAUCAACUUUUUUGUUUUUUUAAUAUUUUUUAGUAAGUGUUAUGAGUUUCUGCUGAAAGUUCGAUUCAUCAUUAUUUACAUUGCACCUUGGCAAAUUACAUGGGGCUCUGCUUUUCAUGCUUUUGCUCAGCCAUUCAGUGUGCCCCAUUCUGCUAUGUUAUUUGUACAAGCUGCAAUAUCAUCCAUAUUAUCUACUCCUCUUAGUCCUAUUUUGGGUAGUGCCAUCUUUUUUACAUCUUACGUUCGGCCAGUGAAAUUUUGGGAACGUGAUUAUAACACAAAGAGAGUGGAUCACUCAAAUACACGUUUGUCAUCUCAGUUAGAAUGCAAUCCAGGAGCUGAUGACAAUAAUUUAAAUUCAAUAUUUUAUGAACAUCUGACUCGUUCGCUGCAGCAUUCCUUGUAUGGUGAUAUAGCACUUGGAAGAUGGGGUGCUGUAGCCCAAGGUGAUUGCUUUGUUCUUGCGUCAGAUAAUCUAAAUUGUCUGGUGCAUGUUAUCGAAUUGGGAAAUGGGCUUGUUACUUUUCAAGUCCGAGGCUUAGAAUUCCGAGGUACAUACUGUCAACAAAGAGAAGUAGAGGCAAUAAAUGAAGGAGUUCAUGAAGAUGAAGGUUGUUGCUGUUGUCGACCAGGACAUCUUCCUCAUCUGCUCUCAGUUAAUGCUGCUUUCAAUCAGAGGUGGCUAGCUUGGGAAGUGACAGCUUCAAAAUAUGUAAUAGAGGGUUACAGUAUUUCUGAUAACAGUGCUGUAUCAAUGUUACAAGUUUUUGAUCUUAGAAAAGCCCUAAUAACUUACUAUGUCAAGAGUAUAGUCUAUUAUACUGUAAAUAAUCCUAAGCUAGAGGAAUGGUUGCAAUCAGAACAUAUUCAAGAAGCACUCAGACCAACAUUGGAUAAAAAUUAUGCUGACCUUGAUCCUGUUUUUAAUAUGACAGUAGAUGAAGACUAUGAUUUUAGAGCAUCUGGUGUAUCUAGAAAUAGUUUUUGUAAUGUGUAUUUGGACUGGAUUCAGUUUUGCAUAUCUAAAAAUAAACUGUCUAUUAAUAGUGCUAAAGAUUCACCAAUGGUGUCUUUAUGCUUUGGUCUAAGUCUUUUAGCCAGGCGAGUUCUUGGAACAGCUUCACACAAUUCUUUUGCUAGUGUGGAUUUCCUGUUAUAUGGUCUGCAUGCAUUAUUUAAAGGAGAUUUUCGAAUUACAUCAGUCAGAGAUGAGUGGGUAUUUCAAGAUAUGGACCUUUUGAGAAGAGUUAUUGCCCCAAGUGUUCGCAUGGCUUUAAAAUUACACCAAGAUCAUUUUAUGACAUCUGAUGAGUAUGAAGAACAUGCUACAUUAUAUGAUGCAAUUAGUAAUUACGAGAAAACUAUGGUCAUCACACAUGAAGCUGAUCCUGCUUGGAGGAAUGCUGUUUUGUCAAGUGUUCCAUCGUUAUUAGCACUAAGGCAUGUUUUUGAAGAUAGCUGUGAUGAAUAUAAAAUUAUCAUGUUGAACAAAAGAUUUUUAAGCUUUAGAGUCAUCAAGAUUAAUAGAGAAUGUGUUCGUGGACUGUGGGCAGGACAGCAGCAAGAACUUGUGUAUUUGAGAAAUCGUAAUCCAGAAAGAGGAAGCAUCCAAAAUGCUAAGCAAGCUUUGAGAAACAUCAUAAAUUCUUCCUGUGAUCAGCCUAUAGGUUACCCAAUAUAUGUUUCACCUCUCACAACUUCAUAUGCUGAGACAAGUGAUAAUUUAAGUAGCAUAAUUGGUGGACCUGUUAGUAUUGGUUUAUUCAAAAAGAUAAUAAUAGACUUUUGGAAUAGACUGCGUACGAGGUGUGGUGAAGGUUGUUCCAGUGGUGGUACAGCUCAGUGCAGUGAUGAUGGCUUUGUUCGUGAUUCUGGUGCAUUAGGUUCAGCAUCAAUAGUUGACAAUGUUCCACCACGAGAAAGAGGAAGUCAUUCAAGCGGUCAAAGUGGAUCUCGCUCAGGCAGUCAUUCUGGAGAUGCUGCCAGUGACACUGCAAGGAGCACAGGACGUGCUAGUGCCACGAGUAGUGUUGGUCGUGGUAGUACUGUUGGAAGUCUCGGAAGGAACAGUACUUCAUUCACAAGGACUAGUUCUGGAAAUGUUGCAGCGGCAGGUGUUGGGAAAACAUCUGCCACUUUAGUUAAUCUCACAGCGUUUCGUCCUCUAAAUGGAGAACUUUGUGACUCUAGUACAUUUGGGAGCAAUGGCUUAAAUAUCCCGGCCAACUCUGGUAGUGUAGAAGACACACGAACUCUGACAAUUUUUAAUCACCACAGUCACCGCUCGGAUCAUGUACAUGUUUGAUACUAAGCUUAUUUUAUUUAUUUUUUUUUUUAAAGUUUCCUCUUCAAAAUGAGUGACAGCUUCGUUUUGAUAAGGUGCCUUGCUCUCCGUCUAAGUGUUGUGACGCAAAGAAAGAUAGGGACUACUUACGUUCCAAAAGAAUCAGAUGUGUGUCUAGUAUUGCUGUACUCACAACUGGUGUUUGAUGGAUUUAUUAAUGUUGAGUGACUCUAGUACUGAUCUUGUAAUUAUUAUACAGUUCAGAUUGGGUAAAUAGUUGUGAGAAAUUUAAAUGUAGUUAAUUGAAAACUUCCAUUUCUAAUGAGAAACAAGUAUGUUUUCUCCUUGAGCAUAUAAUGUGGCAAAUGCUAGUCACCUACAAAAUUUCUGCAGUGUGUAUCUCUUUCCAUUUAACUGGUGGUGUGACCUUCUAAUGAGCUUAGCACAUUUCUAUGGUUCCUUAUUAGAUGCCAAGACGAUUUCAUCACUGCAGUCAUUCCCGUUUGAAUAAAUUUCAUGUACUGUACUUGACAUGAGUAAAAGAUUUUUAGUAGUCAUAAUUUGUACCAGUUUCAAGUUAACAAUAGAAACUCUGGUAUGGAACUUAGCUAUUUGAGGAUAGAUUUUAGUGACAACAUUUGAUAAAGAAAAUAUCCUAAGUAUUUUUUGAUUAUCUUCAAUAAGUAUUUUUUGUAAUAAUAAUCUUCAAUAAGCAGAAAGAUUUCAGGAGAAUUUGCUUUUUCUGAGGCAGAAAGAUCUCUUCAGAAAUUUCUGAAGAUAUUUUCUUUCUGCUUUUACUAUAAGUUUAAUGCAAUUGUUAGUGAAAAUGCCUUGUACGAAAUAGCCAUAUUUUCUAAUUUUAUAUUUAUUUAUUUCAUUGUAUUUAUAAAUUUAUAGAAUUGAUUCUUAUAAGUUUAUAUUUCUUUAAGUUAAAGACAAUAAGUAAUAAUUAAGUAAUGGCUAUAGUAAAUUUGGAUCAUGAAAUAAAUUUUGAUGCUGUUUGUAACAACAGUUUUUUUAAAAAAAGAAAUUUAUUUGUGUUCAUUAUUGCAGCACUAGUAUGUUUAGAUUUCUAAAAGCAGCAUUUGUGCUCUUUUUUAAUGAAUGGCAUACCCAAUUUCUUUUAUCAUGACUAUUAUCAUAUUGUAAUUAAUAAAAGGAUUUUGAUUAUUAGAAAAUUAAUUUUUAUAUUUUUAUGCAUAUUCUGCUUUAUAUCAUAAAAUUGGUUUAAAAAAACAGAUGCAAAUUUUUUAAUAAAAAUGCUAUUAUAUAAAAAAGUAAGAAAUUAAAUGUGUACAAGGAUUCGUUACUUUUAUGGAAUUGAAAUUUGCAGUCCAAAUAUGUCAUUUUUCUUUAUAAGCUGUAAACUAUGCUGUCAUCCCUCAUAAAUCUUGUACAUGUCACCUUUUAUUAUAUGAUAAAACUUAAGUUUAAAAUAAAGACUUGGAUUAUACAGAUGUUUGCAUAUUUUUAAAAAAAUGCUUUUUCUAUAAGGUAUAAAAGCAUUUUUUGAACUAAGUAUCUUUUAAAUAUUUUAAUACAUAAUGUAAGUUCUGUGUUUUAUGUAGUAAGGUAUGUUUUUGUGUUUCAUAGCAGUUGUGUAUUUAAUUUGACUACCAUUUUGAAAUGAAUCUGAUAUAUUAAUGCAUUUUGAUGCACAUCAGUGUAUUGUUAAAGUAUGUAAGAGUGCUUCAUGACCUAUAGUUACAUUGCAGUCUUAUGUCAUCCAAGUGUAAAACAAACCAAAACAUUUUCCACUAUUAUAUUUGUUGCCAUUUUUGUUAAAUAAUAAUACAGCUUAAUUUAACUGUGAGACCAUGUUAGAAUAUUUAACAUGGUUGUUGCUCAAUAAAACAACGAAAAAUUUCCAAGGAAAGCUUGCUGUGACAUUCUAUAAUCAGCAUUAUAUCUGCAGUUUUACUUCUGUGUAAUUCUUUGAUUUUCAGUAUUAUAAACAUGUAUAAGGGUUUUAACUAAUGAAAUUAAACAUAGUUUGUAUUUUAAAUUUACAUGUGUUCGAAUCAAGUUACUGCAUUUAUUUUUCAUAUAUGACAAUAUUAAAUUCCUUUAUUGUCUUAACACUUGUUUAUUUUG